ACUGAAAUCUGGCUUCGUCCUGUUGCGCAGCGAGAAAAUACCAACGCCAGGAGGAUCUCCAGGGAGGCCUCGACUGCGCCCACGCCUGCACUGGUCCUGUUGUUUACGUGGUUGAAGGCGAAGAAGAGUCAGGCCUUCAAAUACGUGGAGAUGUAUCUGUCGCGCGGGUUUGACGUACUGCAUAUCACCAGCGCUGUCGGGCAAUUCCUGUGGCCGCCGCUGUCGCAGAAGUUAGCCCGUGAGUUUAUCGAGGUUCUGAAGGGUCAUUGUCGGCACUACGAGGACCUCCUCGUGCACGGCAUGUCCAUUGGCGCAUACAACUACACCACGUGCCUAAUGCUGGCCGACGAGGACCCCGAUCGCGAAGGAAGUCUUCCUAACCGAGUCCGCGCAUGUGUCCUUGACAGCUUGACCCUCGGGACGCUGGACAACAUGAUGCAGGGCAUCGUCGUAGGGGUCACCAAGAGAGCGCCGCUGCAGCACCUCAUGAAAGGUACCAUGAGAACGUACCUAUGCGCCACCAGGCGUCAGACGGUCGACUUUUACCUCAAAGGCGUCGAGUUUUUCCGAAGUCGCCCCGCAAAAGUGCCUACACUUGUCUUUGCUAGCCAAGACGACCCCAUGUGUGAUUACGCUCACUUAAAAUCUUUAGAGACACACUGGAAGGGCAAAGUAAAAAUCCCAGUAACCUUUCAAGUAUGGGAAAAGUCAACACAUUGUGGACAUUUACGACUCCACCACGACGAAUAUGUACGGACAUUAGAUGAUUUUUUAAAGUCCCUGAAAAUGAUUUCCGUUCAAGAAAAGGUCGUUUCUAAUGACACUAUGUUAAAAUCAAAGUUGUGACAGUCCGUACUACUACUACUACUACUACUACUACAACAACAACAACAACAACAACAACAACAGUGCUGUUUGAAACUAGUCGAAUUAAGCAGUGAUGAUACGGCUGCUAAACCAUACUGAAUGAAUGCCGUUCGAACAAACGAUGUCAGAAUAUGUGUGUGUCAGUCUUCUCAAAAUCCAUGCAUUGGUUGAGUGAGUUCCCGAGUCAAGGCAUUUUAUUAGUGAUAGUGAUUCAAUGACAGUAUUCAUUGAAGCGAGGGACGCAUUCAAACCGCAGUAAAGAAAUGUUAAAUUAGAAACAGCUUAUCAAGUGACAGCAUCGCUUUCCUUCAUCAUAAUAUACUUUAUCAUCUUCUGCCGUGUUGGUGCCAGUUCGAAACACCAUUUAUCACCUAGUUAGACAAUUUUCAGAGUACCACGAUACAACAGAGCCAUUUAAACGUGUUAGACAUUCCCUAAACAGAGACAUAACCUUGUUUUCUCGCCUUGAUUUUCUUUUUGCUUGCGGGAUGAAUUGUAAUCUAAUUUUUGUUGGAAGAAAUAUAUUCACUUUUCAUGACACGGGUAAGCAAGUUUUUUGGUUGCAGUAUUAGAUCGUGGAUGACAGGCUGUGAUAAUUUUGUCGACGAAGCUGAUAGUUCAAAACUAGACCAGUAUCAGUUAAAAAUACAUAAAAAUAAGAUAUAUAUUCUGACGCACAUCUAACUGUUGCUUUAAAAAAAUCUGACGGGAAAGGUAUUGAGGUAAAGUUUUAUUGUUUCUAAAAUAAAUUUUACAGAUUACAAUUAAGAAGAUUUUUAAAUAUUUGUUUUUUACAUAUCGACUUCUAACAGAGAAAGAGGCAGUCGGGUGGACAAACGGUGUGGUUGGGGGAAUGAAAAACAAAUGGGUGGUGGAGAAGAGGACACGUGGUAGCUUUUACAAUGAUCUUCGUUUCCGGAACCAGUCUCCGAUGUGGUCAGAAAUUCGUAUACUAUUGCGGACAUACUGACCUUGCAUAGUGCGCAUAAUUGGGGUCGUAGACCUUCACACAAAUCGAGCGACUCAGGCAAAGGAGUUCAAGAGAAAGCGAGACAAUUCGUACUGUUCGCUCCUCAUUGCUCAUCUUGGAGUACGGCUGAGGGGAACCUUGAGGACGAAGACGAUUCUCCGUUCACAUGUGAGAAUCGAUGGCGUCCAGAAAACACCUCCCUCUCCCCAGCUUCUUCCUUUCACUGAUGUCCGCGUUUUCUAAAGUGUAAACUGACUUUCUAGCGGAGGUUUAUUGGUUUAUCGCAACUGUCUGGGUCACAUUAUUGGUAAAUGGCUGUGUCGGAACAUCACAGGCACUGUAAAUCCUUCCCUGAAGAAUCCUGCUCUAUAAAGCUGCAAACAAAAUGUGUAUCCCAGAAUCCUUAUCGCGUUUCUAUAGGCUGCUUAGUGUUUCAGUUUCAUGUCAUCGAUUCUCUCUGUCCGCAGUUUAAAAGCUGCUGGGAAUAAUAACACGGAUGGAAACUGCAAUAUCAGUGAUAUGUAUUUCAGAGUCAAUCUGAUUCAUUACAUGCAUCGAAAAUGAAUUGCAAAUGCACGUUUUGUAUUAUUCUGCACUACACAAUAACCUGAAUCGAAAAUAAAAUUAGUUUGAUUGCACUCUCAGUACUAGUAGUCUUUACAAAGCAAGGGAUUAUUAUUUUUAUUUAUUUAUUUUUUUUGGUGAGAUUUCUGCCUCUACCAAGAGAAAUCCUUACACACAAUAAAUGCCAUCGAUUCUCUCUUUCACUCACUCUGUGUUGCAUCUGUGUGAGCGCGUGCUUGCGUGCCAGAGAAUAGCCAGCAAGCAGCAAGGAGAUAAGUUGUGCUUAGAGUGUAAUGAAAGCUGUAGACGCAAUAGAAAGACCAGAAUGUGGAUGUGGACAAAACGCUAAAAAUUCUUCUAGCACCAGCCUUCGCCGUAUAGGGUUCCUCUGGACAACCGCUUGUGGUGAGAGAUUUCUUUAGAAAAAGCCCACAGACGCUCCCGUUGGAUCGAAACUAAUUCGCUUAAAUUUUGCGACCGCAGCAUCGGUGUCUGCGAUUCCAGCUGUUGCCCUCUUUAAAACGUCUUCCCCGGGGUUAAAGGCGGCUGUGCGAAGUGUGUGGCAAGAAAUCGACAAUCGUCCGUCUGAUGCUAAUGUUAAAGUAUAUCCUUUAUCUGUGCCUUGACUUUAUUUAUGUAUUUAUCAAUGAGUGAAGUGUAUUCAUAGUCCAUGGAUUUAUUUAUUUGUUAUGCAAAUAAACGUGAAACGUGCAAAUAAACAUCAAUGUGAAAUAUAUUUACUAUGUAUCCACAUCACAUUUUAAUUUGGUUAUUAAUAAAUUUUAUUAAUGAUACUCCUGUUUCUUUUCGUUCUGUGAUUUCUUCCUUAGUUCCACCACCUCAGCCAGUUCACACACCAUACGUCUUCAGAUUGUGAGUGUGCGUGCACGAUGCGUUUUGAGUUUGCGUUCGCGUGUCAGGGAAGUAUUCAUCGAUUAUGCAAAUAUCAGGGAGCAAAGUAUAUUCAUUCAGUGUUUCGAUUUACUUAUCACUUUCCUGAUGUUGGGGUGGGUGGGUUUAGCUCUUGCAGCCAGCAUGUGUGACUAUGUCAAAAUCGGCAAUAAUGCUUUACGUGACAUGUUAUUUUCUCCACAACUGAAUUACGGGCUGUGAGCUUGUAGCAUAUAGUCUGCUGAUUCUUUCUGUAUAUAAGCUGCUUUGAUGAGAUUGUUCUACAAUGGAAGGUCGUUAGCAAAAAUAUUUGCCCACGCCCCAGGUAUUGACCUGCGUGCACUUUUCGAAAGCUCUCUCUCUUUCUUUCCCCUCUCCCUCUCUCUCUCUCUCA